AGAUCUGUGACAGGUUGCUGUACUAUGUAUCUUCUGAUCGAAUCUCCACUUGCCUCCUCACCUGAUCACCUCAAAUAAUUUCAACCCGUCCGAUACAUACACAAUUGGCGGUCAAGUGGUCAACAACAGAGGAGAUGAACGAUCGAUCACUACGACCAGUGAUCCAACUACUAGGCUCACCAAGCCAUCUCAUAUUCCAACUAGUCAGAUUUACCACCCUACCCUACAUGAUCUAUCAAAUCAUCAACAACCAGAAACAGAAGCAAAAACAACUAGCAGAACAAGCAUCUGACGAACACGAACCAGAACCACCAAGAAUAAUCAUCAAAACUCACAAACCUGUCAAACACAACACUCCAAACCAACCAAGACGCUCAUUCUCAACCGAGACUCAAGACGACUACAGCACACUCUUCCCUCAACUGAUCAAGGAACAACCAAGACUCAACCAACAACUGAUCCAUCUACUCGAUCACUUCCUCAACCUAAACCAUACACCCCAACUAUCUCAGCAGACAGUCGAACAACUCUUCCUCAUCUCACGAUCCACCAUCCGAGACAGGCUCAACCCACACUCAACUGAGAUUCGAACACCCACCUCAACUGCCUGGCAAGCAGAAGCAAUGGCCCAAAUAGUACAACACUGGAGCAACCAACGCCAUCAUCAUCCAACCAAACCUAUCGAUCAACUCAAUCCAUCCAACUCGAUCUCCAAGUCACUCAAGAUCCAUUCCAGAACUCGUGCAUUCCUCUCAAACGGACCACCUCGUUGCGAUUGCCAACGGUCCAAUCUACCACUCAGGACCAUCGAGCUCGGUUUAGAUCAAGUCGGCACCCUCCAAUCCUCCUCCACCCUCGGCCUCUUUGCCUCCAAGCUCAACCAUUCACUCUCCCCACUCACCAUCCUCAGAAUCAUCGAUCUCGCCCGACAGGCCCAGCGCUGGGAUCUCGCCGUCAUCUUCCUCGAUAGAUCACUAGCCGAACCAUCGAUCCUCAACGAUCCAAAGCUAUUCAACCGUCGAUCGGGCCAAGUCACCGCACUACUCGACUUCCUCCGUCAUCAUGGUCGUUCAGAGCCCAUCCUCGAUCCUCUCAGACUAUGGUGCAUCCACUUUAUCUGUCAGAGUAUCGAAACUACCAUCAAUCAUCAUCCACAACACCAAUGGACUCGGAUCAAUCGAAUGAGCUUGGACGUCUUGACUCGCUUUGCAUCCAUGCCCAUCGGCUUCGAUCGCCGUCUCAAACAAGAUCAACUCAACCGUCAACAACCAAUUUAUCCGUGCCUCGAUCUCAAUCGACAUCAGAUCCUACUAGACGCGAUCACUCACUCGACUAACGAACUCGAAUUCGCCGUCCUGACUCGCGAACGCUGUGAGCGACUACUCAGCAAGCUCACCCGUCUUACCACUCGUCACUCCCCUCCCCUCGACCCAUCAUCAUCAUCAGCAGCAACAUCCUCCAAUUCACCCCAGGUUCAUGCUUGGGCGACACGCAGUGAUAUCCAGCUUCGACUUCUCGAAUAUCUCGCCCGACAGGGUACACAGGAGCAGUUCAUGAGCCUCCUACAGACCCAUGUCGAGCAGCAUCCACCGGGACCGAAGCUAGCUCGGAUCAUCCUACUCGGCGCGCGCAGAUUCGACAGUCUGUCGGCCAACCCCGAGCUGAUCCGACACACGCUCAGCCAACUGGACCAAGCCGACCAACGGCCGAUCAUCGACUUCAUCCUCCGUCCGCGUCAGUCGCUCGACACCCUCCGGGCCAACCUCGAGAUCUGUCUCGCCAGUCUGCCCGUCGAGCGGGAGCCCCGGAUGCGGAUCUACAGUCAUCUCCUCUUCCGUUGCUCCCAACUCGCCUCUCCCUCGCUCGCCCUCAAGCUGUGGGAAACUAUCAAUCGCGACGAACGUAGACGUAGUCUCAUCAGGGUCGGAAGGAGGACUAGAGCCAAACUCAAAGAUCUGCUCCGGAAUCAAAAGAUCCAGCCUCUGGCACUCACCUCCUCCACCGAUCUACUCUCACAUCAAGUCAUCCGCUCGAUGAUCUAUGUGUUCAAAAACUUGACCCAUCGUUCUUCUUCUUCUUCUUCCUCUGCUAAUCAACUCGCGAUCGGCAAACACUAUCGGGCCAUGUACCAACGAUUAUCCUUGAAACAUUCCCACAAAGCCAAAUGGCCAUUGUCGCGAUCCCAAGCCCGCUCUCAUCUGGUCUUGCAUUUACUCAAGACUGAGCUCGGCAUUCUCAAGGGGAAGGAAAUGAGGCACGAUGGGAACGGGCUCGUACGGGCCUUGGAAAGCUGUUUUGUGGAUCCUUGUGUGGGAGACCUUAAUGGGUUUGAAGCGGUGCUCAAGUUCCUCCUACUUUCGAAGAGCACGAACAAGACUCUCGAGAGUGUUCUCUUGCGUCGACUUGUCUAUCUCGACUCACUCGAACUCCCGCCUUCCCAUCGGUCGUCUUCUUCUUCUCUUUCGAAUCGGCCAGAGACUCGAGAUCGCGCGAGAAGACAGAUCGAUAGACUCGCCAUCCGGCGUCGGUUCUACAGAUUCGUCGUGCUUUGGAGACGUUCCAGGGGCGGAUCUCGCCCUGCUCAUCGUCCUCAUCCUCAUCCUGCUCCUUCUACUCCAUGCCUUUCUCUUCAUCAUCAUCCCUCUAUCCCAUCUACGUCGGUUCCUCAUUCGACUCCAACCAAGAAAAAUCGCCGCGCUUGUAGUCGCUUCUGGGCUUCCUUUGUUGCCCUUCAUUCUACCCCUCCUCCCCCUCCUUCUUCAUCUUCUUCGUCUUCUCCUUCUUCUUCUUGACUUUAACUUUCUUUGCUUUUGCUCUUCUAAGUUCUUGUUCAUGUGUAUAUAUACAUUUAAAAAAAAUAAUCAAUUAUUUGGUUGAGGAUGUUGAGGGACGGCCCCUAUCCUUG